CCGGCCGCCGCCACGCGAGUUCCGAAGCCAGUGCGCGGGCCAUGGGCUGCGGGCUGUGAGGGCGCCGGGGCCGAGCGCAGAGGUGGGACCCAGCCAGUGCCUUGACCUCCCGCCGCGCCAACAUGCCCCGCGGCUUCCUGGUGAAGCGCAGCAAGAAGUCCACGCCCGUGUCCUACCGGGUCCGUGGCGGCGAGGACGGAGACCGCGCGUUGCUGCUGUCGCCGGGCUGCGAGGGCGCCCGCGCCGACUGCGCGCCAGGCCCGCCACCCCCGCCAGGCCCGCGGGCCGCGCACUUCGGCAACCCGGAAGCCGCGCACCCCGCGCCACUCUACAGCCCCACGCGGCCCGUGAGCCGCGAGCACGAGAAGCACAAGUACUUCGAGCGCAGCUUCAACCUGGGCUCGCCGGUGUCGGCCGAGUCCUUCCCCACGCCAGCCGCGAUGCUGGCAGGGGGCGGCGGCGGCGCGAACGGCGCGGGCGGCGGCGGCGGCACCUGUGGCGGAGAAGCGCUGCUCUUCGCGCCCGCCGAGCUUAAGAUGGGCACCGCGUUCUCCGCCGGUGCGGAGGCGGCUCGGGGGCCGGGCCCGGGUCCCCCGCUGUCCCGUGCCCUGCGGCCCCCGGGCAAGCGGCCCGCACCCCCCGCCGCUGUGGCCGCGGAGCCGCCCGCCAAGGCCGCCAAGGCCCCGAGCGCCAAAAAGCCCAAGGCCAUCCGCAAGCUGCACUUCGAGGACGAGGUGACCACGUCGCCCGUUCUGGGGCUGAAGAUCAAGGAGGGCCCAGUGGAGGCGCCGCGGGGCCGCGCGGGAGGCGCAGCGCGGCCGCUGGGCGAGUUCAUCUGCCAGCUGUGCAAGGAGGAGUACGCCGACCCGUUCGCGCUGGCGCAGCACAAGUGCUCGCGCAUAGUGCGCGUGGAGUACCGCUGCCCCGAGUGCGCCAAGGUCUUCAGCUGCCCGGCCAACCUGGCCUCGCACCGCCGCUGGCACAACCCGCGCCCCGCGCCUGCCGCAGCCCGCGCGCCAGAGCCCGAAGCCGCCACCCGGGCCGAAGCGCGCGACGCUGCGGGCGCCGGCAGCGACCGGGACACGCCGAGCCCUGGCGGCGUAUCCGAGUCGGGCUCGGAGGAUGGGCUCUAUGAGUGCCACCACUGCGCCAAGAAGUUCCGUCGCCAGGCCUAUCUGCGCAAGCACCUGCUGGCACACCACCAGGCGUUGCAGGCCAAGGGCGCACCUCCUGCGCCGUCCAACGAGGACCUACUGGCCUUGUACGCGGGGCCCGACGAAAAGGCACCCCAGGAGGCGACCCGCGACGGAGAGGCGGCUGGGGUGCUGGGCCUGAGUGCGUCCGCCGAGUGCCACCUGUGCCCAGUGUGCGGGGAGACCUUCCCUAGUAAGGGUGCCCAGGAGCGCCACCUGCGCCUGCUGCACGCCGCCCAGGUGUUCCCCUGCAAGUACUGCCCGGCCACCUUCUACAGCUCGCCGGGCCUGACGCGGCACAUCAACAAGUGCCACCCGUCGGAGAACAGACAGGUGAUCCUCCUUCAGGUGCCCGUGCGUCCAGCCUGCUAGAGUGCGCCCUCGGUCCCGGCCCCCAGAACUGUGCCUUCACUUGGAGACCCACAAAGAGAGCGCGCCCUGCAGAGCCUAUGCUUGCGCUGGGGCGCCCCUGCCCCACCCCGGGGGUCAAAGUGUCGUCUUCGCUUCUCUGGUGUGGCUUGAUGGUAACCCUGGUCCUCUCGUGACUCCUUUUGGACCCCAGCCCCUUGCGUUGUGUUCCCCACCCAUGGCGCAACAGGAGUCCAUCUCUUUCUGUACAGGGGAGAAAAAAGCUGUACGCGUUUGUCUCGUGGUUGGAAGCCUCCCCUUGAGGGGCGAAGCUGUUUUUCUUGCUAGUAUUCGCUGUGUUCAUGGUCUAGAAAAUGCGGUUUGCUCUGCCUACCAAUCUCUGCUCUCAAUGUCUGUAGCGUACGGGUUGUUUUGGGUGAAUCUUGAGGAAUAAAUGCCUUUAUAUUUCACAGGCUGUAAAAUGAACUUCCCACACGAUUAGCUUUAUUAUGGCUUGUGAACUGCUGGAGUCUGGCUUUACCUUUUUGUAUGUGAACAAAUCAAAUUGCUUAAAAAAAAAAAAAAGAGUUUUCUUUAGUAUAGCCACAAAUGCCUUGACCUGUUGUCUGUUUGGGGUUGUUUUGGGGGGAGGGAAAGGAGUUUUCACAAGAUGCUGUAGUAACUGCCUCAAUAUUUCAUGGAAGACGUUUUGGUUUGAUCAUCUUUGUUGAGGUAGGGCUAUAUGAGUUCCCUCUACAUGUAUAUGUUGAUUUAUGAGUAAUUGUUAUUUAUUCUUUAUUUAUUUAUAUUAAUUAUGAAGAUUAUGAUAUUAUUUGAUUGCAGAUUCUUCCCUCUUUUUUGUGAGCUUUCCCCCAACAUUCUUGACAUUUCACUGUGCAUUUUAGAAGAGAACCUUUUUUCUAAAGGGAUCUGCUGAAAGUUUUAACUUUUCUAUUAUCUGAGGGAAUUACAGACAACCUACCGUUUUAUUCUGCUUGAGGGGCCCCAAGGCCCCUGUACAACCGACAGCUCUUACUUUUAAAUGCAAUCUCUU